UCCACCGUCAUAAAUUUUGUUGUACAACGUGUCAAACAACUGGAAGCCUGUGAUCCGGAGGUUGAAACCCAUAACCAUCCAUCUGGCGAUAUGCCAAUAUGUCCGUUUUCAUGGCCUUCUUCAGCUGUCGCUUGGGCGGAUGAUUUUGUACGGGCAGCCUCUUUGUCCUGCACAGGUGCUGAGUCCGUCUAUCUCACUCCCGCAGAUAGAGUUCGUGCUUUUAUGAGCGGACUGGGUAGUCUAGAUCCAGCAGUCGACCCGUUGUCUGAACUGAGAAAACUGGCCAAACAAUUGCGAACCAUCGAGACAGUCCGCAAUACUCUCAUCUGCAUUGUUUUCGAUCAGAUUGUAAUAGCGUCCAUUGGUGCUUAUUCUCAGUUUCUCAUGUACCCCCAAAAAGAAAGUGCCCGUGAGAAUGCAAGCAUCCUAGAAAACCUACAACCAUCAAGUCAGACACGUGAACAUAUCAAACAAAAAAAUGCAUGCGUGUUUGUCGCAGAUGAAAAAUAUAGCAGUGAAUUAAAUCACUGA